AUGCGUGACUCUCGUGAUCCUGAACAUGACAGAGUACAACCAAACUACUUUACUUGCACACUUGGGCAGGCAGCAUUGGUUAAUGCUGCAAAUUCGACUGAGUUCUCCACUAUCAACGAAUUGAUAGAUGCAUAUGCAGAAAAGUUUCCGCUUCGGCCCGCUGUGGGCUUUCCGGUUCCGCCUCAGGUCUCGGAGACGCCAGAGCCCUGGUCAUACAUGGUACUGACUUUCUGCGAUCUUCGAAAUUACACACAUUUUGUUGCAAAUGAACUUGAAAAGUUUCUCCCUCAAUUUUGCAGAGCUGAUAAUGCUAGCAAUGACACGCUGCCCACUGUCGCGCUCUUCUGCCCGAGUUCCGCUGACUUUCUUUUGACCUGGCUUGCGCUGAUCAGAUUGGGGUUUUCUGUUUUACUCAUAGCUCCACAAUGUCAACCACGAGCAAUUGCAUCGUUGUGUGCUUCUUGCAAAGUCUCUUGCUUAUUUUACGACAAGAUAUAUGAAGAUGCUGCCAAAGAAACGCUUGAUUUUGUUGUUGAUGAUGCUUUGAGGUAUCUCAUACAAGAAAUUCCUUUCAAUGGCAAUGUUAUCAAGUACUACAAGCACCGCUCAAACAAUGCCCAAUUCCGCUUCCAAUCCCAAGUCUCGAGAUACGAUAUUGCAUAUAUACAUCAUACUUCAGGCACUUCCUCAGAUCUUCCAAAACCGAUACCCCAGACCCAUCAUGCUGCUGUUGGGGUAUUGCCUAGCUUUUCAGAUAAAAGUUCUGGCGCAACCUUCUCAACAACACCGCUUUAUCAUGGCGGAGUUGCUGAUGUUUUCCGUUCUUGGUCCAGCGCUGAAAUGAUCUGGCUCUUUCCAGGGAACGAACUGCCAAUAACGGCGAGAAAUGUUCUCUUGUCUUUGAGGAGUGCUGCGAAAGCAGUCGCAGAUGGCAAGGGGUCAAAAGUAGCAUACUUUUCCUCGGUGCCAUAUGUUUUACAAAUGCUUUCCAACGACGAUGCUGGUAUGGAGAUGCUGAUGGCCAUGGAUACUGUUGGAGUCGGUGGCGCGGCAUUGCCAUCUUCAGUGGGUAAUCAAUUAGUCCAAAAGAAAGUUCGAUUGAUAUCUAGAUUUGGCAGCGCGGAGUGCGGGUUUCUACUCUCCUCUUUUCGCGACUUUAGGAAUGACGAUGAAUGGCAGUACCUCCGUGCAGGCCACGGUUCAGAGCUCCUACAGUUCGAACCACAAGGUAAUAGUCUCUUUGAACUUAUCAUCAAGAAAGGAUGGCCUCAUAUGGCAAAAACAAACCGCUCCGACGGUAGCUUUGCAACUUCUGACCUGUUUGAAAAGCAUCAUGCUAUCGAAAAUGCAUGGCGGUAUCAUUCUCGAGCCGACUCUCAGUUAACUCUGAUUACUGGCAAAAAGUUUGAUCCCGCGCCAAUUGAAGCUGACAUUGCAUCCUCCGCUUUGUUGGACGACGUUCUGGUUUUUGGCAAUGGUCGCGAGUACCCUGGCGCACUUCUUUUUCUUCCAAAGGAAAGUGCAAGUUUAUCUUCGACGCAGCUGGUUGACUGCAUUUGGCCCGAAAUUGAACGCAUCAACGCUGGGGCCCAACCCCAUACGAGGAUUGCUAAGGGAGCUCUUGUCGUAUUAUCUCCUGGUCAUUCUGCAAUUCCAAAAAGCAGCAAAGGCACAGUCUUGCGUGCACAAGCUGAGCGUCAGUUUGAAGUCAAUAUUGAACGCGCCUACUCUCAUUCAGGUAGUUCUGCAAGAGCUGGCACCAUGGGGAAUAUUGAGGACCAAGACGUCCAGACAGCUCUGUACACUAAAGUUGCAAAUAUCAUGGGCGAUAAGCCGAGCCUUUCAGUAGAUACCGAUCUUUUUCCAAUCGGCGUUGAUUCCAUUGCUUGUGUCCAGAUUAGAAGCUAUAUUCAGCGAGUUAGUCUUUGUCUCGAUUGGAUACACUCGAAAGCUAAAUAUCUACAGGAUUUACUUCCGGGUAUUGAAGAGUCUUUACCUCUGAAUAUAGUCUAUGACUGUGGCACGAUUGAUAGGCUUGCCAGUUACAUUAUCGAUCGGCGCCACGGUCUUGUCAAAGACAAUACCCAUGAUGAUGAGCAAUUGAUGUUUCAAUUAGUUGAUGAGUACGGUGAUUUUAGCUGCGCCAGUACUGAACUUGGCCAUCAUUCUAGAAGAGAUGAUAAUAUCACUAGAAAUGGAGAGGUCGUGAUCCUUACCGGCGCAACGGGCGCACUAGGCGCGCACUUGCUUGAUGCAUUCCGUCAAAUGCAAAACGUAUCCAGAAUUAUCUGCCUUGUUCGAGCUAAAACCCCAGAAAAAGCAUUGGAAAGGGUCAACAAAAAUCUAGAAGCGCAUGCAAAGAAGCGAAUAGAUUCAUCCGUUACACGCAUCUCCUGCAUACCGACGGAUCUCGCAGAUACAGCUCUUGGCCUGUCCAAACCGGAGUAUAAAGAACUUGCUGAAACCGCAACCCUUAUCGUGCACGCAGCAUGGGCAGUCAAUUUCAACGCCAGACUAUCAAGCUUUGUUCAUGACCAUAUUUCCGGUCUCCAUAACCUCAUCACUCUUGCACUUGCAGCUCAACGCCCUGAACCACCAAGAUUCAUCUUCUGCUCCUCGACAGCAAGCGUAUCAAAUAGCCGCCCAAGCACAGGCAUCAUCCCGGAGACCCUUUCCCACACGCCAUCAUCUGCCUCGCCGCUAGGAUACUCGCGCUCGAAAUGGGUAGCGGAGAAAAUCUGCCAUCGUGCUCAUGAAAACACGAGUCUACGCGGAAGGAUAUCCGUUCUUCGUAUCGGCCAACUAUGCGGUGAUACAGACAAGGGGAUAUGGAACAUGAGCGAGGCCUGGCCGCUAAUGCUCAGCUCUGUCGCCGUGACGGGGGGUUUGCCUGCUAUUGAUCAGCCUCUAGACUGGCUCCCCCUAGACACCGCCGCCAAGGCAAUUGUGAAUAUCAGUUCCUCCUUCUCAACCGGCCUUUCCCAGAGCACAGAAGUCCCUGUAUUCCACAUCGUCAACAAACAUCAACAUCCGCGCUGGUCCGAUCUCUUAGCAUGGCUGAAAAAGUUUGGAGUCGUGUUUGAAGCAUUCCCGCCAGAUGAAUGGGUGCGUAGGCUAGAACAGGGUGAUGAGCAUACAGAGUCCAGUCGUCGUGGUAGUCAUCCAGCGCGGAAGCUGCUCCCUUUGUGGAAAUCUUUGUACGCCGCUCCUCAACACCCCGAACCACGGGAGACUCCACACUUCGAUACCCUUUGCGCAGAAAAGAUCUCACAUACGAUGCGCACUGUCAACCCGAUAGACGAUGAGCAUUUUCGGCGGAUCUGGAACUGGAUCGAGACAUGUCCUUGUUCAAACUAGACUUUUCCGUAACUUUUGGUUUAUACUGUUCCACAUUUAACCAUCCUCCAUUGCAGCGUUUAUCUUAUCCUUUUUUUUCUAGAGUAUAUCACUAGAUUGUUUCGGUAGAAGCGGUAGCUUAUUGCGCGU